CCUAUAUAUCUCAAAGUCUUCUUGGUUGGUAAUGCGUUUCUCAAUAAGCAGCCAUGUCUAACAACGCCCCAAGUUCUCUAAGAUUCUCAUCUCUAAGCCGCCUCAACAAGAAUUGCCUUGUUUUCUUGUGAGUUUCUUCAGAGAGAGAAAGACAGAGGAAGAGAGAGAAAGAGAAAGAGAGAAGUAAAUUCCGAGACAUACACACAUACCCACAUAGAAAGUUUGAAUCUUUUUGGUGUGUUUUUGUUUGUGUGUUUUUUUGCAGAGAUGGGUCAUGGAGAAAAGAUCAGUCCAAGGAGCUUCCAUUUGCAUCGCCACCUCCUCCAACAUGGUGAGAAGAACAACAACAACAUCAACAACAGUAGCAACAAAGUGUUUAAGGAUGUUAUUCCAAAAGGGUUUAUGGCAAUAAAGGUAGGUCAAGGUGAAGAACAACAAAGGUUUGUUGUUCCUGUUAUAUACUUCAACCACCCACUCUUCAUGCAAUUAUUGAAGGAAGCUGAAGAAGAGUAUGGUUUUGAUCAGAAAGGAACCAUAACUAUACCUUGCCAUGUUGAAGAAUUCAGGAACGUUAGCGGCUUGAUUGAUAGGGAAAAGAGUUUCCAUAAUCAUCAUCAUCAUCACCAUGUUGGUUGCUUUGGUUUUUAGUUUGAUGAUGAUGGAAAUUAAAGAAGGGAAAAAAAAAAGGCCUGAAAAUAAUAGAAUAAAUAUCAUCAUGACCAAAAAUCAUGGCUUCUUUUCAUAAUGAUUUGGUCAUGUAAAUGACUAGUUUAAUUUAGGUUUUUUUUUUAAUAUAAUUUUUUGGUUUUUUUUUUUUUUUUUGCCUAUGUUUAUUUAGGUAUAGAUAGAGUGGGAUGAGGAAGACAUAACAGAAUGUUGGUUCUUCCAAUUGUAGCUACUUUGGUAUGAGUUUGAUCUUUGAUAGGGAACUGUAUAAUGAUGAAAAGUUAAAAAAGAAAGAAAAAAAAAUGUAGAUGCUUUUCUUUUCUUUUAUUUCUUUUUAUCUUCAUAAUUAUUUAAUUUCUUUAGUUC